GUAUGGCAGGAGGCAAAGUGAAACUAAAGAGUGCCCCCGAUGCACACGAUGCACGAUCAUUUACCGACAGAGCGCCUCUUAAACUUGAGGUCGAUUGGUGGUGGUUGGCGGCAAUAUUAGUGUCGAUCGGAAGUUAUGUAUUUGAUGUAGCAACAGAUCUAGUAGUCGCCGCGCUACUAUAUCAGAAAGAGCAGUACAACUGGUUUGCUCUCACAUUGGCUUUCGUUGUUGGAGCGAGUCUCGUCAUGUCAGCAUUUACUGUUCGGUGGUACCUACUGGACGCUAAACAAACAGAUAAGCCUAUUCCGCCCUGGAAGUGGGCGGCAAGGAUUGUACUGAUUAUUCUUCAAAUGGGACCCAUACUCAGGUACAUCGAUACUUUCUACUAUGGCUUGAAGGUGAUCCGUAAGUCAGAACCCCAGCAGAAACGUUAUUACUACCAUCUCAUGAUGUAUGAAGAUGUUGACUCGAACAUGCUUCGUCUGAUCGAAGCUUUCAUCGAAUCGGCGCCACAGCUAGUCUUGCAGCUGUAUAUCAUUGCUGUAGAAACAGCAGAGAAGUCUUCAGAGAUAAAUCUGACAUAUAUAAUUAUAAUCCAGCUCGUCAGCUGCUGCUUCUCCCUGGUCAACCUGUCGUGGGCGAUCGCGGCGUACCACCGUUCGCUGCGCAUAUCGCUCAGAGACAAGGAGAACAUGUCACUGUUUGCCACAGUUCUCUACUUCUUCUGGCAGCUGUUCGUCAUCGGCGUGCGCGUGCUCGCGAUGGCCGUGUUCGCGUCGCACUUCCCGCACCUGCUGUUCGCCGUCGCCGCCGCGCACUGGGCGCUCAUGUUCUGCUGGAUCUGGCUGCAGCAGACGACGUUCUGCGGCGAGCAGGGCGGCUGGGACGAGCGUCUGUUCGGCGCCGUCGCCGCGUGGGUGCACCUCUUCUGCUUCCUGAACGUCACCGAGGGCCGCACGCGCAGCCGCUACUUCAUGUACUACUGCAUCGUCUACGUCGAGAACGCGAUGAUGGUGCUCGUCUGGUUCUUCACGGUCGGCGACAACGCCGACUGGUACAGGUGGCACUGCGUGUGCUUCGUGCUCGCCGGCUUCUGGCUCGGCAUCGGCUUCAUGCUCGUCUACUACUGGUUCUUCCACCCGAACCAGAGCCAGAUCGAGGGCAUGUGCUGCAUCAAACGCGAGGGUCAGGCGGUCACGGCGUCGGUGACGCCCGCCGCCUCGCGCCACUCGUCCGUCACCUCGCGACCCUCGCAGGUGUCGGCGACGUCCCCCGCGCACGGCGUGCCCGCCGCUGCCUACAGCACCCCCUACGACGAGGUCGACGCCGUCGAGAUGAAGCCGAUAAUCGCAACGGCGUGAAGGGAGUCGGUCGACGGUGCUGUACAUACAUAAAACGGCGCAUGUAGCGCGGGCGUACGUCGUCAACCGUGAGUGAAAGUCUGUGUGUCAGUGUGUAUAUUUGUAGCAAGAAUUUAGCAUCCAUGGGGUUUUUAAAGCGGCCGUGCGAUACGAAGUACAUGGGUUAAGUGCAUGUGAUGUAUAUAUGCUGUGUUAUUACCUUCGCCAAACGGAGUUGGAAGAGGUUAUGUUUUCGCUCUCGUGUGUUCGUGUCAGUGUUGUAGUCGAGUCUGCACCCCCCCGAGUCCGAGUCC